AAUACCAAGCCCAAUCCAUUUCCUUUCCAACAGGCCCAUCCAGUCGGUUCCAUCAAACAAGAAAAAAUGAAUCCAGCCGCAGCCGCUUAGGUGUAGCAUCAACUCAUCGGAAAGUCGCCGAACUGAAUCAACUCAUCGGAAACGCAGCCAAAAACCGCCACAAACAGUGACAAAUCCUUUCAGGGUUUGUUGGGAUUAGGAGAUAGGAGAAAAUGAAGCAAGUAGUAGGAAUGGUGGUUUCGAAUAAAAUGCAGAAGUCGGUUGUGGUGGCAGUGGAUAGAUUAUUUCACCACACGGUGUUCAACAGAUAUGUUAAGCGCACUUCAAAGUUCAUGGCUCACGACGGGAACAAUCUUUGUAAUAUCGGUGACAGGUUUCGGGUGUUGCGAUUGCGGCUGUUGCAUUGUGAAUUUUUAUUGAAAGAUGUUCGAAAUACAUGGUUCGAUUGGAUUCUUCUAGGCCUUUGAGCAAGCGUAAACAUUGGGUGGUUGCUGAAAUUCUCAAGAAAGCACGCAUAUAUGUUCCUCCUUCUGCACCGGUGUCUGAGAAUGUGAGCUCCGGAGGACCUACAUCUACAUCAUGAAUUG